CGUCUUGAAUCCAGGGUUCUUCUGAUGAUUGGGACCAACGACCUGAAGCAGCUCAAGACUGCGGAUGAAGUGAUCCAGGGCCUAUCACAAGUGAUCCACAUCUUGAUGUCUCGUGGAGUGGACAUUUUGGUUUUCACCCUUCCGCCUUUGCCACUGGCGUCAAAAACGUCUACAUCAUGGCGCACUCUCACCGCUGUCAACGAGUGGCUAAUAAGUCAGCAAAGUGCCACGGUUGAUGUCGUCAGUAUACACCGGCUUUUCUUCAAGAGAGCCCGUACACCCAACUACGCCAUGUACGAGAGGUACCGACGUCGUCAACGAGAAGCCAGCCGCCGAACGGACCUUGUUCACUGGAAUAGCAAGGGGACGGACGCUGUCCACGAGGCACUCAGGGACCCCAUCAACCGUACAAGAUGAACCUUACU